UUGUUUUUCUGGUACAAAUUUGAUUGUUGUUCAUGGCUACUAAGAGCAACAAAUUCUGUUUUCAUCUUCUUCUCUCUUUUUUUCUUGAAAUCUCAAACUUUGGCUUUUGCCAAAGAAAGAAGAAGAAAAAAACAGAGGUUAGAUCCGUCCAUAGGCCACGUGUCUGUAAACGGGUGCAAUCAGGUAAAGCCGACUCCAAAUCUGAUCCGAUGAUCUCACAAUACGAAACGACGUCGCUAGUUUGAGGAAGAAAUCAUUGGCAUAUAUAAAAGGAUGAGGAUUGAGGAGUGGGGAGGAAUAAAAAGGGCACCUCCCCCGACUAGGGUUCCGUCUCCGAUCUGAUCACCAUGUCCACCAACUCUAAAUUCAGCGUUUAUAUAGGUAAUCUGGACGAGCGGGUGAGUGAUAGAGUUUUAUAUGAUAUUCUAAUUCAGGCAGGGAGGGUAGUUGACCUGCACAUCCCUCGAGACAAGGAGACCGAUAAGCCUAGAGGUUAUGCUUUUGCAGAAUAUGAAACUGAGGAGAUUGCUGAGUAUGCUGUCAAGCUUUUCUCUGGUCUUGUCACUCUCUACAAUCGAACACUCAAGUUUGCGAUUUCUGGGCAAGACAAGCCUGCCCCUAAUGCUGCUUCUACAGUAAUGCCCACAACCAGUUUUCCUAACAAACUGAGGUCUCCCCCUGUACCUAAUUACAAUUUAGAAAAAUCACAGAAUUCAAUGAGCUUAUCAACAACCUGCAGAGUUUCAGCGUAUGCAGAAAAUUAUCCCUCAGUGCCCACUCCCCCUGGUGUAAAUAACCAAUCUAAUGGAUUACAUUUGAAUGGCAACAAUUUCGAGUAUAGUCGAAGAGUUAUUGGGGCAACAUUGGAUACCGUUAGUCGCCCUAGGUCACGCCGCUAUGAUAUGAAUAAUCCAAUUUCCUACCCUUCUUACUAAAUUAAAAUAAUGAAGAUCACAGAUACCAGACUUUCUCCAAGCUAAUUUCCUGAUAAAUUAUUUAACUGUGGUAUCUUAUGGGUAGUGCAUGCUACAUUAUGCUAGUUUGGUUUGUUAGUGUGCCAGUUUAUAGGUGUACCCAGGUAUGUAUAUUUGCUGUACUUGUUGUACUUUCUAUGUUAAGAGUUGGGAAAGUGUAGUUGCAUUGUGUAAGAGUUUGUGCUACCCUGUCAGAAGGUUAAACUUUGGAACUCCUGAAAGCGAAUUUCUCAUAUUAUUGCUUGUUUAUCUGCAUUGUAAUCUUUUAAUUUAAUGUGAUGUGAUUUACUUUUAUUCUUAGAUUAAAUUUUAAAAUUAAAUGUUAAUUUCGGCUGUGA